GGAAAGGAAAUCACUGAAGUUUCGACCUGCCAGAUGUGCAGAAACUCCGCACUGGGGACCACGCAGAGCCAGGAAUAAAUGGGCCAGCGGGGUGAGCCCACAAGCUUGCUCUUUGUCCCUUGCUAGAGGCCAAUACAUCAACAUGGCCCCCGGAAAGCAUGGCUCCCCCCGAGCUGGGAGAGACGUGCCCCUCACCUUCUGCCCUCAGUGACCUCCUGGCGACAUCUGACCUCGGAUCGGCUCUUGAAGACCCAUAUUAGCGUGUCACGGCUCUCUAGCGUGGUGGUGACCUGCGGCAGAGCAAACUGUGUGGCUUCUCUCUUCCCCUUGGUGACCCUAACCUCCAGACGGCCUUUCCCCGAGAAGAAAUCCCGGGCGAAGUUCCAACAGGACCUCUGGGCUCCCAAGGAGCCGUAGCUGCUGAUGUCGGUUUCUUAAUCCACCCCCUGGCUGGCUGGGCUACCAUUCCAAGGGCCCAUCAAUCAUGCUACAGUGCAGGCAUGCUCAGGAGUUCAGCUUUGGCCCGAGAGCCCUGAAGGAUGCUCUCAUCUCCACCAACCCCGCCCUGCAGGACCUCUAUGCCAAGGCUUUCUCCAAGACCGAGAGACUGUUCCUCUCUGAGGCCUACAACCCUCAGAGGACCCUCUUCUGCACCCUGCUCAUCAGAACAGCUUUUGACUGGCUCCUGAGCCACCCUGACGCCCCAGAAGACUUUGAGACCUUCUACUACUCCUCGCUGAGGCGGAAACAGAGCGUCUUCCGAAAGCACAUCUACCUGCAGCCGAUAGAUCUGAGCGAGGGCCCUUUGGGGAGCUCCCUGCUAGGCUGCCUUAGGAGCUGCGUGGAGUCUUUUUUCCUGGGUCUGCAUGUGAAGUGCCUUCCCUCCAUCCCAGUCUCCUCCAUCCCCUGCUGCUUUCGCCACAACCGGGACUCCGACAGGAUCCAGCUCCAUGCAGAUGGCAUCCUGACCUUCCUGAAAAACAACAAGCCCAUGGAUGCCCUAUGUGUCCUGGGUCUCACCCUCAUCGACCUGUACCCUUGUGAGGCCUGGAGCUUCACCUUUGGCAAAUUCCUGCCUGGGCAAGAAGUAGGUGUCUGCAGCUUUGCCAGGUUCUCAGGCAAUUUUUCCCAGGCAGAUCCCGGUACCUCAGAACCGGCCCCGGGCACCAAGGAUGUUCCCGAGGUUACCUCGAGGGAGAGGGACCGGACGCUGCAAUUCGGCAUGGUAGAAAUGGUCCAGUGCUGCAAGGUCACGUGCCACGAGAUCUGCCAUUUGAUGGGCUUGGGGAAUUGCCGCUGGCUGCGUUGCAUCAUGCAGGGAGCCCUGAGCGUGGACGAGGCACUGGUGCGGCCCCUGGAACUCUGCCCCAUCUGCCUGAGGAAACUGCAGUAUGCCGUCGGCUUCAAGCUCAUCGAACGCUACAAGAAACUCUACGAGUGGCUACAAACUCUGGCCACAACAUGGACCGGGCGGGAGUCGGCUGACCUGUCGGUGUCUGAGGACAACCUCCCUUUUAGCGCCGACUCCGGGAUGUGCUGCGAGAUCGAUUCUGAAGCCGUAACGAGCCUGUCGGAGCCUCUCACCCCGGAUGCGAGCAAUCACGCCUUCUCCAUGGAGCCUGAGCUGGAGCCGGAGGAGGGGCUGAGCUCGCUGGCAGAGCUGGACAGCCAGCAGCAGUUGGGGGGGGCCGCCAAGUCCCCCGAGAUCAUCAAAGAGUAUGAACUCUGGCUGACGGCUUGCAUCGCAGCCCUGGAGCGCGAUGUCUCGGAAGAGGAGCUGGCCCAAGUGGAUGGGGAGGUGGAUGCCUUGGCGAGGUGGGAGAUGUUCACGGGGCAGCUCCCUGCCACCAGGAAGGACCUGAACUUCAGCAGAGAUAGCGUAGGACUCCGGAAAGUCUUGGGGGACAAAUUCUCCUCCUUACGCCGGAAGCUGAGCACAAAAAAACUAUCCAAAGCCGAGCCUUCACCUCGUGGUUGGGGAUGGGAAGACCAUUAGCUCGGAGCGGCGGCCUCCCAUUCCCAAGCCAGUCCUUCUUUCUCUCUGUCUCUCCCUUCCUCCUCCCCAUUUCCAAGGUGACACCCACAUCCGGAAUCAAGCUAAUGGGGAACCGAGGGCUCUGCGGAUCCAACGGGGGGGAUUAAAGGAAGUUUCCUCAGUAGUUUACAGUGUUGAUUGGAUUUCAAUCAUUCGAGCCCACUGAGCUUUCUCUCCAGACCCCGCCCUAGGCCUCAUUUGACGUUUCCUCAGCUUCGAUCCCACAGCCGGCCGGCUGGCCCGGGAGAUGCGGAUGGUUCUUAACCUCAGAGAGUCUUGCAGGGCUGUGGUUCCCUAACCACACGGCGCUCUCCGGGUCAAUCAAUCAAUCAAUCAAUCGUAUUUAUUGAGCGCUUACUAUGUGCAGAGCAGGCAGGCAGAGAGUUUUCAGCACCCGGCAAGCAAAGGGUUGGCCUGGGGUCUCAUUUCCCGCUCUGCAGA